GUACUAUGCACGUGUCGCUGGCUGAAGCCCUGGAGGUUCGGGGAGGGCCGCUGCAGGAAGAGGAAAUAUGGGCUGUAUUGAAUCAAAGUGCGGAAAGCCUUCAAGAGUUAUUCAGAAAAGCUGAUCCUACUGACCUGAGCUUCAUCAUUUCUCCAUGGUCUUUGCUGUUGCUUCCAUCUGGGAGUGUGUCAUUUACAGAUGAAAAUGUUUCCAACCAGGACCUGCGAGCAUUCACGGCACCAGAGGUUCUGCAGAACCAGUCACUGUCAUCUCUUUCAGAUGUUGAAAAGAUUCAUGUUUAUUCUCUUGGUAUGACCCUUUAUUGGGGAGCCGACCAUGAAGUCCCUCAAAGCCAACCUAUCAAACUUGGGGAUCACCUAAACAGCAUACUGCUUGGCAUGUGCGAAGAUGUCUUUUAUGCCCGUGUGUCUGUACGAACGGUUCUGGAUGCCUGCAGUGCCCACAUAAGGAACAGUAAUUGUGCACCUUCUUUCUCAUAUGUGAAACAGUUGGUUAAACUGGUUCUGGGAAGCCUCUCUGGGGUCGAUCAGCUUUCCUGCAAUGGAGAAAGAAAAUUGCAGACAGACAGAAGCCAGGCCAUUCGGGAGAGGCUGAGAGGGAAGGGACUUCCCACAGGACGAAGUUUAAUGAGUGAUGCAUCAGAGGUACACAAGGCUCAAUUCUCUCAACAGGCCAUGCUGAACAAAGGGCUUAGUAAAUCUAUGGGGGUCCUGUCCAUCAGAGGAGCAAAAGGCGAGGAAGAUUUUUUCCAAAGCAUAUCCUCAGAUUACUACUCUGGACGUGAAGAUGCUUGCUGUACUUAUCGGUGUAGAACUGAUGACUUGGGUGAAAAAAGUAAUGUUGGCGCAGACAGUGCUCCUAAACGGAAGGCUUGGGCUUCCUCCACAGACUUGCUGUGUACAACUAACAAAGCAACGGAGACAGACCAUUCUGCAGAGUCCCACAGACAUAGCAAUCGCUAUGAGACAGUUACAGUGCGGACUUCAACUACCACUAGGAACAAGGAAGCAAGAUAUUCAGAUGGAAGCAUAGCACUGGAUGUCUUCGGCCCCCAAAAACUGGAACAGGUGCGCCCGGUGCCAGAGUCUUCAACCUCUGUAGCAUUAUCGUGUGCCUUUGACAGGAUCAGAGAGAGACAGAAGAAAUUGCAGGCUCUGAGGGAAGCCAUGAAUGUAGAAGAACCUUUGAGAAGGUACAAAUCUUACUACAGUGAUGUCUAUAGUACCUCCAGUGAAAGUCCAUCGAUUACUUCUUCUGAGCCAGAUUUCAGGCAAGUGAGAAGAAAUGAGGGUUUAAAGAGAGAUGACUCUGGUGCUGCUUUACCAGGAGCUGAUGAUACCUCUCCAUCAAGUCAAGUUCAUCCUCUAAGGUCAAGUAGACAGUAUGAAGCAGCACCUGAAGGCAACCUGAUAAGCCAAGAAAUAAUGUUAAAGCGUCAAGAAGAGGAAAUGAUACAGCUGCAGGCUAGAAUGGCUCUUAGGCAGUCUCGACUAAGCCUCUACCCAGGAGACCUGGGUAGGACAUCGAUGCUGGACAUCACUAGAGACCCUCUGAGAGAGAUAGCGUUGGAAACAGCCAUGACCCAAAGAAAACUGAGGAAUUUCUUUGGCCCCGAGUUUGUGAAAAUGACCAUUGAGCCAUUCAUCUCCUUGGAUCUACCAAAGUCAAUCUUGACUAAGAAAGGGAAGAAUGAGGAUACCAGGCGGAAAGUAAACAUAAUGCUUUUAAGUGGGCAGAGGCUGGAGCUGACCUGUGAUACCAAAACUAUUUGCAAAGAUGUUUUUGAUAUGGUGGUAGCCCAUGUUGGUUUAGUGGAGCAUCACUUGUUUGGCUUGGCUAGCCUAAAAGACAGUGAAUUUUUCUUUGUUGAUCCUGACUUAAAACUAACUAAAGUUGCUCCGGAAGGAUGGAAAGAGGAACCCAAAAAAAAGAGCAAAGCCACAAUCAACUUCACCUUGUUCUUUCGCGUUAAGUUUUUCGUGGAUGAUGUCAGUCUUAUACAGCACACUCUGACAUGUCACCAGUAUUAUCUACAGCUACGGAAAGAUCUCCUGGAGGAAAGGAUGCACUGUGAUGAUGAGACAGCUUUACUGCUAGCAUCCCUGGCCCUCCAGGCUGAGUAUGGAGAUUACCAGGCUGAGGUGCAUGGCAUGUCCUAUUUUAGACUAGAACAUUACCUACCAGCUAGAGUGAUGGAGAAACUAGACCUAUCCUACGUCAAAGAGGAGCUGCCCAAACUGCAUAGCACUUAUGUGGGUGCUUCUGAGAAAGAAACAGAGAUAGAAUUUUUGAAGAUGUGCCAGAGGCUGACGGAAUACGGCGUUCAUUUUCAUCGGGUGUUGCCUGAGAAGAAAUCCCAAACUGGAAUCCUGCUGGGAGUGUGUUCCAAGGGAGUUCUUAUUUUCGAAGUUCACAAUGGAGUCCGCACACCCGUACUUCGCUUCCCGUGGAGAGAAACAAAGAAAAUAUCCUUUAGCAAAAAGAAAAUAACUCUGCAGAAUGUGUCAGAUGGUAUAAAGCAUGCAUUCCAAACUGACACUAGUAAGACUUGCCAAUACCUCCUGCACCUCUGCUCCUCCCAGCACAAAUUCCAGCUACAGAUGAGAGCCAGACAGAGCAACCAAGACACUCAGGACAUUGAGAGAGCAUCAUUUAGGAGUCUGAACCUUCAUGCUGAGUCUGGUAAAGGAUUUAAUGUGGGACGUGCAAUCAGUACAGGUAGUCUGGCCAGCAGUACGUUGAACAAGCUCCGACCUUUGUCAGUUCAAGCUGAAAUUCUGAAGAGACUCUCUUGCUCUGAGCUGUCACUUUUUCAACCACUUCCUGGCUGCUCCAAAGAGAAGAAUGAGAAAGCUUCAUGGGAGGAAAGACCCAGAGCCAUGAGCAAAUCAUUUCAUGAUCUGAGUCAGAGCCAGAUCUCUAUUUACCCCCAUCGAAAAAAUGUCAUCACCGCUGUGGAUUCCUCCCCACGGAGAAUGGAGGAGCUGAUAGGAAGAAUCUUACAACAGACGCCAAAAUCUGAUGCUGGGUCAAUGGCUGGAGCAAUGAAACUGAACAAUUCAAAAUCUCUUGCAGGUUUAAAUAGAAGCCUUGAAAGGAGGAAAAAUGAAUCAGACUCAUCAUCCAUUGAAGAUACUGGUCAAGCUUAUGUUGUAGGUAUUAGCAAGAAUAGUUCUGGAAAUCCUCCAUCAGCGCCACUGAAAGAAAAUGUGUCCUUGCCAGAAAGGGAGAUAACCUUGGUGAAUCUGAAGAAAGAUGAAAAACAUGGCUUAGGAUUUCAGAUUGUUGGUGGGGAGAAGACUGGAAAACUUGAUCUGGGAAUUUUUAUUCAUUCAGUAAUUCCUGGAGGGCCAGCCGACUUGGAUGGGUCCUUAAAACCAGGAGACCGUCUAAUAUCAGUGAACAGCAUGAGCUUAGAGGGUGUCAGCCAUCAUGCAGCAUUAGAAAUUCUGGAGAAUGCUCCUGAAGAUGUGACACUUGUUAUCUCUCAGCCCAAGGACAAACUUUCCAAAGUGUCAUCUAUAAAUCUUGCCAAUGGAACAAAGGGUUAUUUAAGGAGGCCUUCAUCAAUGCAGGACCAUGAAGCAGAAUCAUCUUCAGAGGAACACAGCAGGUCACGAGGUCACCAGAGGCCCAUCUCAGGGAGUUCAUCUGGAUUGUCUGUGGGCAAAGGGGACAGAAGCCUGAGCUCCCAAGAUUCCAGGACCGAAAGUGCCAGCCUGUCUCAGAGCCAAACAAAUGGCUUCUUUGGCAACCACAUCAGUGACAGAGCCCAGCAGGGCUUGCAGCACUGCAGUGAUUCUCAGUCUGCCCUUUCCAAAACGCAUGAGAAAAAAAGGAACUCUGCGGACGAUAUCCUGGCGAAAGCAAAAAGGCUUGGAGUAGUGGAAACCGUGGAAUAUUCUGACCGAGGGGAUUCGGACAUGGAUGAAGCAACUUACUCCAGCAGUCAGGAACAACAGGCAGCUAAAAAGGAGUCUUCCUCAGUGAAUACAGCAAACAAAAUGAAUUCUAAAAAGCUUUCCGCAGCACCUCUUAAACCUGGAGAUAUCUUUGAGGUCGAACUAGCCAAAAAAGAUAGCGGCUUGGGAAUAAGUGUCACGGUACUGUUUGACAAGGGUGGCAUAAACACCAGUGUAAGACAUGGUGGCAUUUAUGUGAAGGCCAUUAUUCCUAAGGGAGCAGCUGAGGCUGAUGGUAGAAUUCAGAAAGGUGACCGUGUGCUCUCUGUCAAUGGGAUUAGUUUGGAGGGUGCUACCCAUAAACAAGCUGUGGAAACCCUGAGAAACACUGGCCAGGUAGUGCAUCUGUUGCUGGAGAAGGGGCAGCUUCCAGUGGCCAAAGUUCAUGCGCCCAUUACACCGCAGUGCACGCCUCCAAAUCAGGCAGGACAAAGUGAGCCUCAGAACAAACCAGAGAAAAAAAUGACAAAUACCAAAGACUACAACUUUGUCACUGAAGACAACACAUUUGAGGUAAAGUUGCUGAAGAACAGCUCAGGCCUGGGGUUCAGUUUUUGUCGUGAAGACAACCUUACUCCGGAGCAAUUGGGCUCAAGCAUAGUGAGGGUUAAAAAGCUCUUCCCAGGGCAGCCUGCAGCUGAAAGUGGGCGGAUUGAAGUUGGGGAUGUCAUCCUGAAAGUGAACGGGGCUUCAUUAAAAGGACUAUCCCAGCAGGAGGUCAUCUCAGCACUCAGAGGAACAUCCCCAGAAGUCUCUCUCCUCCUUUGCAGGCCACCACCCGGUAUACUACCAGAAAUUGAUCCUUCUCUGUUGACUCCCAUAAAUUCCCCACAACAAAUAUUUCCAGACAUCAGCACAGAAACGUCUGGGGCGUCAAAUGGAGAUCAAGGUGACAGCUCAGAUGAAAAUGAAGUGACUGAUAAGAGCAAGAAGCGAUUAAAAUCCCCUUCUAGGAGAGACAGCUACAGUGACAGCAGUGGGAGUGGCGAAGAAGAGGUAGUGGUCACCCCAACACAGAUAGCAAGCCCUGGCUGGAAUUCUGCCCUGUACCAGACACUAGACAAAAUGAUGGCAGCAGCAUACACUCAGUAUGAAACUCCUUGUAGCCAGGAAGAAGCAAUUCGUACCAUCUACUACUCUGCUCAUGAGACUCCCAGCAAGCCAGAGUUUGAGGACAGUAAUCCUCCAUCUCCUCUACCACUGGACUUGCCACCAAUACCAAGCUGUAGAACUGUUACUGAGAUUGCAACCCCUGGUUUAAUGGAUGAUGCCUACAUCAGUACCAUCUCGGAGCUAGUUCCACAAAGAGAGAAGAUAACAUCACUGCUCAACCAGUUUGAGAAACAUGCUGAUGAAUAUGAACCAGAGGUGGAACUCCAUGUUACCAUGACUAAAUCAGAAAAAGGUAGCCUGGGCUUCACAGUGACCAAAGGCAAUGAUAACAUUGGUUGCUACAUUCAUGACGUUAUUCAGGAUCCUGCCAAAAGUGAUGGGAGGCUACGACCAGGAGACCGGCUUAUCAAGGUUAAUGACAUGGAUGUCACUAACAUGAGUCACACAGAUGCAGUUAAUUUUCUCCGAGCUGCACCAAAGACUGUCAGAUUAGUGGUUGGACGGGUUCUGGAGUUACCAAAGAUUCCAGUGUUGCCUCAUUUGCUGCCUGAUAUUACAUUAACGUGCCAUAAAGAAGAGCUGGGUCUGUCUAUAUCAGGAGGUCAUGACAGCUUUUACCAGGUGGUGUAUAUUAGUGAUAUAAAGCCACGGUCAGUUGCUGCCAACGAGGAAAGUCUUCGUACAUUGGAUAUCAUCCAUUAUAUUAAUGGAGUCAGCACACAGGGAAUGACUCUGAAAGAAGCCAAAAGAGCCCUGGAAAUGUCACUUCCUAAAGUGGUGCUGAAAGCUACAAGAGAUGGUCACCCUUUGGUUCCAAAGUCCAGAGGCUCUGUUAGCUCAAGUCCAAAGUUAAUGAAAGCUAAUGGCCAUCCCCAUGGAGAUCACUAUGGCAAAACAGAAACAGCACCUGAUAUUUAUGUCCCCAAGGUUAAUGGGGAAAGCAUGACAGGAGUUUCUCAUGCAAAUGCAGUAAGCAGCAUUCAUCAGGCAAAAGGGCUAAUGAACUUCACUGAUUCUAGAAACAUGCCUUCCAGUGGUUUUACAAAUCAGAUAUCAGAUUUUUCCAAGAACAGUGAUCACUCAGAAACUGAGAUACUGGAGGAUGACUAUUAUGAUGAGGAUGACCACAAUGACGUUGUCCAGUAUCUGUUGAACGUUGUAGACGAGGAAGCCCAGAACCUCUUAAAUCGCAAUAAUGCAACCACAGCAGGUUCUUUAGAGACCAAUGGGAAGCUGGCAGAAGAAAAAGCUGAAGACACGGACUGUGAUGGGUCAUCUUUGCCUGAAGACUUUCCAGAGCCGACACAAAUAAAUGGCUGUGAAGAACAUUGUGAAGACAAAGUAGUGCCUGAAAGGUCACCUCAACAACCUCUUGUGGGACAAGCGGAUGAAGAUGAAAUUACAUGGGGAAGUGAUGAACUCCCUAUUGAAUCAAUAAAUCAGGAACAUCUGGCUAAAGAUUGCCCUUUAGUGACCAAUGAAGAGCUCUCUGCGCUCCCAAUUGUCAGAGUGCUUCCUUCAGGCAAAUAUACUGGAGCCAAACUGAAGUCAGUCAUCCGAAUGCUACGUGGACUACUGGAACAAGGAGUACCUUCGAAAGAGAUUGAGAACCUUCAAGACUUAAAGCCUUUGGAUCAGUGUUUGGUUGGACAAACUAAGGAGAACAGGAGGAAGAACAGAUAUAAAAAUAUACUUCCCUAUGAUACCACAAGAGUGCCCCUAGGAACUGAAGCUGGAUACAUCAAUGCCAGCUUCAUAAGAAUGCCGGUGGGGAAUGAAGAAUUUGUCUACAUUGCAUGUCAAGGACCACUCCCCACUACAGUAGCAGACUUCUGGCAAAUGACUUGGGAACAAAAGUGUACUGUAAUAGCCAUGAUGACCCAGGAAGUAGAAGGAGAAAAGAUAAAAUGCCAGCGUUAUUGGCCCGAUGUGCUUGGCAAAACUAUCAUGGUCAAUGACAGACUCCGGCUGGCCCUUGUGAGACUGCAACAGCUGAAAGGCUUUGUCAUUAGAGUGCUGGAGCUAGAAGAUAUACAAACUGGUGAAUUACGGCGUGUUUCUCAUCUGAAUUUCACUGCCUGGCCAGACCAUGACACACCAUCUCAACCAAACGACCUGCUCACUUUCAUCUCCUACAUGAGGCACAUCCAUAAAUCGGGACCUAUCAUCACUCACUGCAGUGCAGGCAUUGGACGUUCAGGGACACUUAUUUGUAUCGACGUGGUUCUAGGAUUAAUCAGCAAGGAUCUUGAUUUUGACAUCUCUGAUUUGGUGCGUACAAUGAGACUACAGAGACAUGGAAUGGUUCAGACGGAGGAUCAGUACAUUUUCUGCUAUCAAGUUGUCCUCUAUGUCCUGAAACAUCUGCAAGCUGAAGAACAGAAGAGAGGCAAAUAAAAUACCAGAGCCUGAAGUGCUUU